GCCGCUCUGGCCAAAGGAGGACGACAAGGAAGCGGAAGACAGGUCUUGGCAACAUGCGGAGGUCCUACGGCGCACCUUUGUGUGCAGCCAUCUGCUUUGCUCUGCUAGGAGUGGAAACUGUUAUCUCUUUCUCCAUCGUCCCUCAACUGCACACCCAUGGUCGCAUCGCCGCCCACCGGCCGAUGGUCUUCGGUCGCAGCCGCCAUGCCCCGCGAACCUGCGCCAAGGUUGGGCCGACGAUGGAGGUGACGAGCGACUAUGUCGCGAAGCCGAAGCCCGUGCUGGACUCAGUCAACUUCCCCUCUGACAUGAAGAAGCUGAGCAUGGCCGAGCUGAAGCAGCUGGCGUACGAGUUGAGGUGGGAGGUGAUCGAGUCUGUAUCCAAGACUGGAGGACAUCUCUCCUCCUCCCUUGGCGUUACGGAGCUCACGGUUGCCCUUCACUACGUGUUCAACGCUCCCGAGGAUAGGAUCGUGUGGGACGUCGCCCACCAGUGCUACCCGCACAAGAUGCUGACCGGGAGGAGGUCAAGGUUCAGCACCCUGAGGCAGUGGGGAGGGCUGUCGGGCUUCACCAAGAGGAAGGAGUCUGAGUUCGACUGCUUCGGAGCUGGGCACUCGUCCACCUCCAUCAGCGCAGCCCUUGGCAUGAGCGUCGCCAAGGACCUGACGGGGAAGCCCGUGAACAACUGCAUCGCGGUGAUCGGGGAUGGAGCCAUCACGGGGGGGAUGGCGUACGAGGCCAUGAAUUGUGCUGGCUACCUCAACCAGAGGAUGAUCGUCAUCCUCAACGAGAACGGCCAGGUCUCCCUCCCCACUGGGACUCCCUCGGCCGCCGGAGUUGUACCAGCAGGUGCCCUGUCCGGCUCUACCAGCAGAAUCCUCUCGUCUCGCCCCUUCCAGGACGCUAGGAGUGUGGCCAAGACGCUGACGAAGCUGCUGCCCGAGGACCUGCAGAAGAUCACCAGGAAGAUCGACGAGUUCGGCCGCGGCUUCGUGUCAGGGGAGGAGGGGGCAGUCUUGUUCGAGGAGCUGGGGUUCUACUACCUGGGUCCCAUCGACGGUCACGACCUGGAGAACCUGAUCCCCAUCCUUGAGAACUUGAGGGAUUCGGAGUCGAAGAAGCCUGUGCUGCUGCACGUGAAGACUGAGAAGGGCUACGGCUACCUGCCCGCCCUCAAGGCCUCGGACAAAAUGCACGGGGUGGCUCAGUUCGACAUUGCGACCGGGAAGCAGAAGAAACCCAAGAGCGGCCCUCCCUCCUACACGUCUGUCUUCGCCGACACCCUCGUCGAGCUCGCGCGACAGGACCCGACGGUCUGCGGCAUCACCGCGGCCAUGCCGGGAGGGACGGGGCUGGACAAGUUCGGAAAGAUCUUUCCCAAGCGAACGUUCGACGUCGGCAUCGCCGAGCAGCACGCGGUGACUUUCGCUGCCGGCAUGGCAGUGGAUGGCCUGAAGCCCUUCUGUGCCAUUUACUCCACCUUCCUCCAGAGAGGGUACGACCAGGUCAUUCACGACUGCAUCAUUCAGUCUCUCCCGGUUCGCUUCAUGGUCGACCGUGCGGGUCUCGUCGGCAACGACGGGCCAACCCAUCACGGCUGCUUCGACCUGGCGUACCUGGGGACCCUCCCCAACAUCGUUAUCAUGGCGCCGGCAGACGAGAUCGAGCUCAUGAGGAUGGUCAAGACUGCACAUGCUAUCGAUGACAAGCCCAGCGUCGUCCGCUACCCGCGCGGGAACGGCUUCGGGGCCGAGGGGCUCAACAAGCUCUUCGGGUACAAUCUCAAGUCAACUCCUCUCCCCUCCGAGGUCAGCGCCCUACCCGUGGGAGAAGGAAGGAUGAUCAGGAGGGCGGAUCCGGAGGCCAAGACCAAGGUCGCCAUCCUCUCCCUCGGCACGAGGCUGUGCGAGGCCGUGCGAGCUCUUCGUAUGAUCCAGCAGGAAGGAAACGGUAUCGGCGUCACCAUCGCUGACGCUCGUUACAUGAAGCCACUCGACAAGGAGCUCAUCCGGAGCCUCGUCGAAGAGCACGACGUCCUCAUCACGGUGGAGGAAGGAGCCGUCGGGGGCUUCGGAGACCACGUCAACCACUUUCUCACCAACGAGGGUCUGCUGGACUCGGGCAAGUGUCGCCUCCGCGUCAUGGUCCUCCCGGAUCAGUUCGUGGAGGCUGGUGGGCAGAAGCAGCAGUACGACUUUGCUGGGCUGCAGGCCAAGCACAUCGCUGCCACUGCCUUCCGCGCGCUCGAUCGGCAGGGGGAGGCGCUCGAGGUUCUCGCAGCAGCGCCUGCGGUGGGUAUGGGAAAGCCUUCAGUAGCAUGAAGAAGAAAUUUCCCGCACGAUUUUUUUCGAGCUUGUCCAGGGACAAGUGAAGGAUUCUGAGAUGUACAUGUAACUUGUCGAGAUGUGGUCUCUUGCUGCUGGUUCUUGUCAGUGAAAUCAGUUGCCGCACUG